AUGGUUCCAAACUUUGUUCAGAUCCUCAGUGGGCUUCAAUCAACAAGGGGAUUCUUAUCUGCAGUGACUGCUGCAGCAUCCAUAUAUCUCUUGGCAGACACAUUUCUCAAGUCAGAAGCCUCCAGAGGAAAGAGUUUUGGCCACCGUCUCUUCUUCAUUCCAGUGAAAGCCGAGUUCAUAAAGAGCAAGUACAAGCGGUUGGCGUUCGUCCUACGACCACUAGGAAAGGAAGAUCUGCAGCCAUCUGCAGACAUAAACAAGCAGCUUCAUUCCAGCGUCCGGACGAGCAAUCUGAAGACCACCAUCCGUCUUCUUGCACUAGGAGCGGAUCCGAAUUACAUUCAUCCUGAAAAGGGCAACAGUGGAAUACACGUGGCUGCCAAGGCAGGGCAACUGUCUCAAGUUGAGCUGCUUGUAGUAUAUGGUGCAAAUCCAAAGCAAGCUGAUGCCCAUGGCCUCACACCACUAGAUUAUGCCAAAUCGGGGAAGCACGAAGGGAUCUGUCGCCGCCUAGUAGAGCUAGAGUACGAGUUGACGGACCGACUGGCUUACUUUUUGUGCCAAAGACGCCCAGAUCAUUCUUCCAGCCAGCAUUUUAUUGUGCCUGAACUCGCGCUGACUCCGUCCGAGGAAGCUGCUCGACCCAGACGUCCUCUCCAGGAGCUGUCUGACCAUUUUUUGGCCGCUUUCACGAGGGACAUCUAUGAUGAAGUUGAUAGAAGAGAGGUGUAUGCAGCUUGGCAGAGCCAAGAAAAGGGUGCCUCACCAUCCGACAUCCCUCCCUCACUUCCACCCGUCCCCGACAUAUCACCGCAGCGCAACACCGCUCGGCAGAAGUUGGCCGCUCUUUCUCCCAGGGAAUUUGCUAUCCUCGUAAUCGACCUCCUGGCAGAGAUAAGAAGGCGGCAUUUUGGUGGCCCGAGUUCUCUUGCCCUCUCGUCUGUUUCCUUCAAGGUUGAAGGGGGUCGAGCACAGGCUGCUUCUGCUAUGGAUAUGGCCCUUAGGCCACUUCAAGGUCAAAUGGAUGCAUCAGAGGAGGACCCCAUCUAUGACAGUGUGGCCUCUGAAGAAGACUAUUCCCUUGUUGAGAUUCAGUCCAAACUGGCUGAUGCUCAGCAGAUCCUUGCCUUGCAAUCCAAUAGGGAACAGCUUGUUGGAGCAGCCAAGACUUCCACCCCUAUUGGGGAUGAUGAUCGUCACCGGACAUCUAGCAUAGCGAGCAUCUUGUCCGAUCUCUCUGCGGCCGGGGGAGAAGGGGAGAAGGCAGGAGGAGCAAACGAGGACGAGGAAGAAGGACGAGUGACAAGAGAGGAGUACGAUCGCCUCAAGGAUGAACUUCAGGAUUCCCGCAAGAGCAUCGAAGUUCUCGUGAAGGAGCGCGAUCGCAUGGCACAGGAAAUUUCCACCCUUCAGAGCAUGGUGGGAGAGGUGAUGCGCCGUAUGCCGCAUCCUCAGCAGCCAGUGCAGAAGUUGAUGCAGGAGAACGCCUUGUUACGUCGGGACCCAAGCACUGGGAGACGGGUGUCGUCUCUCCCUAAUGGCCACAAUUCAUUGUGUUUGCUGGAUGAAGAUACUUGUGGAGGGGCAAAGAUGCGAUUCACACCCAGCACAUCCCCUUCGUCUGGUCGAGCGAUAAGCAUGUAUGAACCUCGACAGGGAAUCCAUCGGUGUCACAGUCCCAAGGGAAUCCCACUUGUAGUCCAUCCGUUGGGGUCUCCCAAUUUCCACAGUGGAACUGCUGAGAUAUUGGGAACCACCAUCAGAGUCCAAUCAGACAUGGUGUUCGAAGAACAAGAAAAAAAGGAGCUUCCUUCAAAGGAUGAAGUACUGACAUGCAUGAGAGGAAUCACUGGUUGCAUUCAAGAGAUGUUGGUCACAUUGCAGAGGUUGGAGGCUGAGGAAUGCACAUCUGAGGAAUUCCUUUCAUCCAUUGAGCAAGUGAACCAGGCUGUCACCAACAUGAUUGCCCUCUUUCCACUGAGGAUCACCAAAGACGAGGUACAGGAAGCGGUGAACCAGCUGGUGAGCAGUGCUGCCAGGUUGGUUCACCUCUCUCGGCCAUCUAGGAGGAGCAAAGGGGAAGAAAACUUCUCCAUCGAGCAUCAGCGGGUUUUUGACUGUGCCUACGAUGUUGCCAAGGCAACCAAGCAAUUGUUUGUGAGAAGAUACUGGAAUAAGCUGGGGGAUGAAAUGGAAAAGAUCCUCAAGGAGGAACUUGGAACCAAGACCCUGAAGCCCACAGGACAGGGUGGAGGCGGAUGCAUCAAUGAAGGUGAAGCCUAUCACACGGACCAGGGGCUUGUUUUUGUCAAGCGAAAUGCCAAGUCGGAGGCCCUUCGGAUGUUCGAGGGAGAAUAUGAGAGUCUGAAGGCCAUGGAAGCAACGCAUACGAUUCGAGUCCCUCACCCCAUCAAGGCCAUCAAGAACCCCAAAGGUGGAGCCGUCUUGGUCAUGGAGUAUCUCGACAUGAACGGCGGAUCGCAUCAUUCCUCGGAACUGGGAAAACAGCUGGCCAAGCUGCACAAACACAAUUGGGAUGCACUGAAGAGAGCCGAGAAGGAAGCGAGUCGGGUGACCAGGCCACAGUCGACCGGAGAAGAGACGGAAGAGCCCGAACCCAUUUCAGAAUUUGGGUUCCAUAUCGCCACCUGCUGCGGGUAUCUCCCCCUGGAUAACGCCUGGCAUGAGGACUGGGUUAGUUUUUAUUCCAGGCAGCGACUGAAAGCACAGCUUGAUCUCGCCGAAAAAAAAUAUGGAGACCGAGAGGCACGCGAGCUGUGGCCCCAAGUAGAACGCAUCAUUCCGAAUCUCUUUUCUGAUCUCACAAUCAAACCGUGUCUUCUGCACGGAGACCUCUGGAGCGGGAACGUCUCCUCCACCGCAGAAGGCCCUGUCAUAUUCGACCCGGCAAGUUUCUACGGCCACAACGAGUUCGAAUUUGGGAUCGCAACCAUGUUCGGCGGAAUGAGCGGCUCGGCCGUCAGGGCCUACCGCGAGGUCAUCCCCGAGGAGCAGGGAUUCAAGCUGCGGCUCAAACUCUAUCAACUCUUCCAUUAUCUGAAUCACUGGUUCGGUCAUCGAUUCCUUCGACGUGCACUUUCCCUCGUCUUUUGUGGGAAUACUAAAAGCGAUCCCUGGGUUUUUAGGAACCACUUCGGAGGUGGAUAUCGAGGAUCCAGCCUGUCGCUGAUGCGGGAGCUGGCUAAAGCCAAACCGUGA